AUGAACAUAAAUUCAAGGAAAUUUAUAAUUUUUCUUUCACUUUUCAUAUCUAUAAAUUACUUUUUUAAUGCAUGGAAAAUGAAUGAGUAGCUAACUUUAUGCAAAAAAAAAGAAACAAAAUUAAAAGUCAAUUUAAUUAUUCAAAAUUUUUUGUAUUUGUGUUAGUUUUUUUUUUGUUUACUAGCGAUAAAUAUUUAGGUAGAAUAAUGCAAAAUUUAGAUUGCUUUGCUAGUCAUAAAGGUUAUUUAAAUUUUCCCCUUUGUAAUGUUGCUUGUUUAUUUGCUAUUGUAUGAUUUAUUUGUGAGCUGCUUAGUUAAUUUUUGUGUUAUUUGCAAUCAAUAUAUAUGUUCAUUAUUAUUAAAUUUAUUUUGUUUUGCUUUUUUCAUUAUUAAUUAUGUAAUCUAUCAUUUUUUUUGCAGAUCCAGCCAGAUGCUAAUUAUCUAGAAUCAUCUUUAUGGAUGA